UCUCAGGAAACGUUGGCAAACUUGGAGAGACAGAUCUAUGCUUUUGAAGGAAGCUACCUGGAAGAUACUCAGAUGUAUGGCAAUAUUAUUCGUGGCUGGGAUCGGUAUCUGACCAACCAAAAAAACUCCAAUAGCAAAAACGAUCGAAGGAACCGGAAGUUUAAGGAAGCUGAGCGCCUCUUCAGUAAAUCCUCAGUUACGUCAGCAGCUGCAGUAAGUGCAUUGGCAGGGGUUCAGGACCAGCUCAUUGAAAAGAGGGAGCCAGGAAGUGGGACUGAGAGUGAUACUUCUCCAGACUUCCACAACCAGGAAAAUGAGCCCAGCCAGGAGGACCCUGAGGAUCUGGAUGGAUCUGUGCAGGGAGUGAAACCUCAGAAGGCUGCUUCUUCUACUUCCUCAGGGAGUCAUCACAGCAGCCAUAAAAAGCGAAAGAAUAAAAACCGGCACAGCCCGUCUGGCAUGUUUGAUUAUGACUUUGAGAUUGAUCUGAAGUUAAACAAAAAACCACGAGCUGACUAUUAGAAGACUCAUUAGUGCAGAAGCUUCCAGGCUGUAGAGCUUUGCUUCCCUUCUCUGACCUCACAAAGAUAAACAUCUCUCAUCUGAGUAUGUGACCAUCCACCUCUGCUUUCCCAAACCCAGUGCCUGUGACUGAGUAGUUUGUUCUGAAAUGUGGUGACAGACAAGUCAUUUCCAUAAGACCACAUCGGAUCAUUUACCUUGUGUCAUUUUUAGUAACAGAACUGCAGGAAAACCAAGACAUGGUUAAAUCUCAGCAAGUUGCUAACUGCAUUUCUCCCUUCCUGGAAUGAAUGUCUCCUCCCAAACUGGCUGGCACCAGCUUUGUCUCUGAUACCCAUCACGAAAUGUUCUCUGGUUUUGUUUUAGCAGAAAGUAGAACCACAGGUCACAUGUCAGAGGGAGCCUGUAAAUAUCUGGCAUUUUCUUAUUUUGUUUGCGUUGUAUUAUUUUUCUAUUGUUGCUUUUAUCAUCUUUCUUUCUUUGGGGACUUCUUGUAACGCCAUUGUACGUACAGCUCCUACCUUCCUGCUGGCUAUCUGAUGAUCUGUUUCGUGCAUUUGCCAAUAUUCUUAACUGAAAGUAAUCUAGUUUACCAUAAAUAAAAUGGGUAACUUGGCUCUUU